AUGCUAACUCUCCUUCCUCUGUGUGAGCAAGCAAAACUAUUGGAAAAUCCUAUUUUCAGGAAAAUAAUAAUCCCUUAUUAGCGAGCAAAAUAUAUAGUAUUUUCUCUUUGAUGGCCCUGUAAGGGCAGGCAUUUUUAGCCGGAAUUUUCUGAGGUUGGUCGGACCAACGCACAAAGUUGGUCAAACCAAAUCAGGAAUCCCGGCUAAAAAUGCCUGCCCUUGCAGGGCUAUUCAAGGGAAUUAAUUAUAGCUGCAAUUCUAAAUCUAACGAAUUUUAUUAAAUUUUUGGCAAAUUACAUUCCAAAACAUACUUAAUGUAUAAAUCUAAAAAAAAGCAACUCCAUUAGUCAGGAGUAAGAGGAUUUAACUGGGCCGUUUGCUUUUUUGUUUCUGGCAUGUUUAUAUUUGGAGUCUCCAAUGCCAUGACAGCUAAAUGAAUGGAUCAGACCGAGUUCGAUGGAAAAACUUUUUCUCACCCUUACUUUCAAUGCGCUUCAAUGUUCCUUGGUGAAUCUUUGUGUUUGGUAUUUUAUGUGAUCGUUAAAAUAAUUGCAAAAAGAAAACAGUCUCAAAAGAAUGACAGCUUUAUCCCUAAAAUAUCAGCUGAAACUGACCAAACCAGUAUGAUAGCUAAAUUUGGGCCUUUAUGCUUUGCAUUAGCGGCUUUUCUUGAUCUUUGUGGAUCUUUGAUGGACUACAUAGGCUUGAAUCUAACCGCAAUCUCUGUAUACCAAAUGAUCAGAGCUUUCAGAGUUAUUAUUGUGGCAAUAUAUUCUGUUAUCUUUCUUAAGCGACAUCUUUAUAAGCAUGAAGUCACAGGAAUUGGGCUUAUCUUUGUAGGGGUUGCUAUUGUUGGGCUAUCAAGCGUCUUAUACAAAUCAAGCUCCUCCAAAAAUCCAGUGUUAGGGAUAGUUGUAAUUGGUAUAGGACAGCUCUUUUCUGGGUCUAAUUUUGUGCUUGAAGAAAAGUUUUUGAAGAAAUUGAAGAUUGAUCCAUUGAAAGCUGUCGGAAUAGAAGGUAUUUCAGGGAUCUUUUAUUUUGCGAUAAUCCUUCCAAUAUUAAACGCCAUACCUUGUCAUGGCAGUGAUAUGUGCUCUGAUGGGUAUGUGGAAGACUCUCUUAAUGCUUUCUACCAAAUAGGGACGAAUGGCCUGCUCUUUUUCGUAUGGUGCUUUUUCAUGAUCACAAUCUGUUUUUUUAAUUGGACAAGCAUUGGAACUACAAGUGCUGCAAGUGCACUUGUCAGAUCAAUAGCUGAUGCAACCAGAGCAAUUAUCAUUUGGAUUAUCAGCAUUUCAGUAGGAUGGGAAGAGUUUGUAUGGCUUCAACUUAUAGGAUUCCUUAUUUUGCUUCUGGGGACAAUGACUUAUAACGAAGUGAUUGUUUUGCCUGGAUUUAAAAAUUCAGUUAUGAAAAAGAGACAAGAUAAGGAGUUAGCUGCGAAGAUAGAGCAAGAGAAUAUCAAAGCUAUUCGAAUAAGUGACAUAACUAAAGAUGCCAAUUAA